AUGUCUGAAGUUCAUUCUCACCCGGGGGGGUUAAAGAUGCGAGGCCUUCACAGGGACUGCAAGGAUCCCAUCGAUCCGGGCCGCGGCAGAGCUGCCUUUAGACGGUUUGCCUACGAUGUGAAAACUGGAGAGUGCCGAUCUUUCAUCUGGGGUGGUUGCGAUGCUAAUAGGAAUAAUUUCGAAACUUUGGAAGAGUGUCAAUCCAAGUGUGAGCAUGGCCGCACUCACUGCUCUAUCGCCUAA